AUGACCAUCACCUCCGUACAGACCCUCCUACCGGGUCGCUACUCUGUCAAUGUUACAGAGAAGCGCGCCGAAAAGCCUCCACCGCAGACACAUACCGUUCAAGAUUACCCAUUCAAGGGUUAUCAACCUCCGCAGACCGAUGGAUGGGAGCGGAGCAAGGCUCAUCCCGACACCAGCGCCAUUGUUAUCGACAAUGGCUCUCACCUCGUCAAGGCUGGCUGGUCCUUUGACAAAAAACCUCGAUUCGUCCUGCCCCCCGUCAUGAGCCGCUACCGCGAUCGCAAGCUCGGCCGUCAAGCCCACUUUAUUGGUUACGACGCAUACGUUGAUGCGACUACGCGUGGACAGUUGAAGAAUGCAUUUGAUGGGAACUCCAGCGUCGUCGGUAAUUGGGAUGUCAUGGAGGGGGUGCUGGAUUACAUCUUCCUGAAGAUGGGUGUUGAUGGCGCCAACGGAGGUGUUGAGCGGCCAAUUCUCAUGACAGAGCCAAUCGCUAACCUUGGAUAUCCGAGGCGAAUGAUGAACGAAAUUCUAUUCGAGUGCUACAACGCGCCUUCGGUCGCCUACGGAAUCGACUCGCUCUUCGCCUACCGCUACAACAAAGGAACCGACGGAUUGAUCGUUUCAUCAUCGCACACCUCUACACAUGUCAUUCCGGUCCUCAAUUCGAAACCACUGCUCUCAAACUCCUCCCGUCUCAACUGGGGUGGAGUGCAAACCGCCGAGUACCUAGCCAAGCUGCUAAGGCUGAAAUAUCCUACAUUCCCCGCGCGCUUGACAGAUAACCAGGUUGAGGAAAUGGUGCACAAGCAUUGUUACAUCUCUCAAGACUACGAUCGUGAGUUGAGUGGAUACCUCGAUUGGACUGGCCUUGAGGAGCGCAAUCAUGUCAUCCAAUAUCCCUUCACCGAGCAUGUUGUCGUUGAAAAGACGGAAGAAGAGCUAGCCCGGAUUGCCGAGCGCAAGAAGGAGAGUGGCCGUCGAUUGCAAGAGCAAGCAGCCAAGAUGCGCUUGGAGAAAUUGGUGAAGAAGGAGCAGGAAUUGGAGUACUGGAAAGACUUGCAGGUCCGCCUAGCUACAGAGACGAAGAAGGAGAUUCGCCGCGUGUUGGAGGCUGAAGACCUCAAGGACGAGGCUCACCUGGAACGGAUGAUUCGUGACCUCGAAAAGUCCAUCAAGCGCUCGCGCAAUCGCGAUCUGGGCAUUGAAGAGGAAGAACAGCAAGAGGAAAUGAGCUUCCAUCUGAUCGAUGUUCCCAACGAAGAACUGGAUGAAGCUGGUCUGAAAGAAAAGCGACACCAGCAGUUGAUGAAGUCCAAUGUUGAGGCGAGGGCCCGCGCCAAGGCUGAAAAGGAGCGUGAGAAGGCUCGCGUUGAAGAGGAGGAGCGUCUUGAUCGGGAGAAGCGUGAAAACGACUUUGAGAAUUGGAUUGCUGCACGCCGUGCCAACCGACAGAAUCUACUGCAAAAAAUCAAAGAUCGUGAGCGUUUCAAGGCCGAUCUCGGCAACCGCAAGUCCCUCGCCAGCCAAAUGCGCAUGAAGACCUUGGCCAAUCUGGCUGCAGACGGACCAAAGAAGCGUCGUCGCGGUGGUGAUGACGAUGACUUUGGUGCCAACGAUGAGGACUGGGGUGUUUACCGCACCGUCGCAAAGGACGAGCAAAGUGACGACGAGGAAGAAGAGGACCUCGACGGCAUGUUGAACAACGUUGAGCAGGAGCUACUGGAAUACGACCCCGAGUUCACGGAGAAUCACACACUCGCCGCGCAAUCAGACUGGACUAAGAGUCUGGUCCAUGCCUUCCUCCGUGGACCCUGGCCAUUUGACCCCGAGAGCCAACGCGAAGCCCAUCAGAUCCAUCUAAACGUGGAGCGUAUACGCGUGCCGGAGGUUGUCUUCAAGCCUUCCAUUGCAGGCGUGGACCAGGCAGGUCUCAUCGAGAUUGCCGCUGAUAUCGUCAACCAGCGAUUCUCCAACCCUGUCGAUCGCAACCGCUUGCUGAAGGAUGUCUUCCUGACUGGUGGUAACACCCUGUUCACCGGUUUUGAGGAACGCUUCCGCAGAGAGCUUCGCGCGUAUCUACCCAUUGACGCUGAGCUAAAUGUGCGCCAGGCUGCCGACCCAGUCAUGGAUGCGUGGAAGGGUGCGGCUCAAUGGGCUGCGGGUGCUGAUUUGGGUCGGUCAUCUGUGACCCGGCAGGAGUACUUGGAGAAGGGUAGCGAGUACAUCAAGGAGCACGAUCUGGGCAACGUUACAUGGUAA